CUCCUCCUCGGAGGAGGCGACCCUUUCUUCUGCCUCCCUGGCGAAGUUAACCCACACACGCGGAAAUCCGAGCGCUCGGCUUCAGCUUCCUCACCAUGCCGAAAGGGAGGCUGGCCAAUCCAAGCACCACCCGGGACGGUAUCUGGUUCAAAGAGUGUGGAAGCCUGCAAAUAUAUCCAGAAUCUCUUACAGCUACAAUGCAAAAGCAGAUAUUUAAUAUAGAUGCCAAUUAUCAAACUGGAAAAAAUGUGCCACUGAUGUACAAAGAACGUGAGAAAAAACCAGCAAAUACAUUUCCAUUUUCAAUCCAUGAUAAUAAACAUUGUUUAUUGACUAUGGGAGAGUAUUUAGAUUCUGGACUAGGAGUAAGAAAAUUUCAAGAAAAGUGUCAACACUAUUCGCAAAACUACUAUUUUUUGGCCCAUGAGCAAAUUCCUAGCAGCAAUGCCUACCAUUCUGUUUAUCAGACUUCAUUUGUCCAAUAUCCAGAUAUUAAACAUUCCAUUCUAGGUCGAUUUCCUAAAAGCCAUAUUGAUAAAUGCAUUGCUCUGCAUUCUGCACCUAAAAAUGAUUACAUGUGGUUUUCAAAAUGUUAUACUGGUUCUAAUCAUAUAACUCCUACAGAGGUUACUAAAUGCUCAGAACCUGAAAAACUUUCAACUGCUGAAGAAGAAAUAAAGUAAAUUUUCAGAUUUUCAUAAUAGUAAAGCAUAUUUCAUGUAGGACAUAAAAUAC